AUGCUGUGCGUCUUAAAUUUAGUGAUUUUUGUGAUAAUAAACUUUUUAACAACCGAUGCUUCCGUAGAGGAUUUACCACCACCAUGCUCUAGCGAAAUCUAUUGUUACGGACGUUUGUUGGACACCAUUCAAACCAGCAACGUAUACAAAGACUCCAAAACGUUCGUUGAUAUGAAAAUGAAGCACAUCCCCAAUGAAACCCUCAGGCUGUUCGACGAGUUUAUGGCCAGCCAUCAGGCCAGACCUACGCGGAACCAAGUCAGUGAAUUUUUGAAAGCGAACUUCGAGCCGGCCGGUACAGAAUUUGAAGAGUGGAACCCCAGCGAUUGGGUAUCCAAUCCGAAGUUUCUGGCCCGGAUCAAGGAUCAAAAAUUUCGGCUCUGGGCCAAAGAACUGAACGAUAUAUGGAAAAUACUGGGGAGGAAAAUUAAGGCUGAUAUCAAAGAAAACGUGCAGUAUUAUAGCAUAAUAUGGGUACCAAAUCCGGUUAUUGUUCCAGGAGGGAGAUUCAGAGAAUUUUAUUAUUGGGAUUCCUAUUGGAUUCUACAAGGACUCUUGUUGUCGGAGAUGCAUGACACUGUCAGAGGGAUGUUAGAAAACUUUCUUUAUAUUCUAGAUGAAUAUGGGCAUAUUCCCAACGGCGGACGUGUGUACUACUUAGCUCGAUCUCAACCGCCUCUCUUAACAGCUAUGGUUAAAAUGUACUUUGAUUACACCAACGAUAUCGAUUUCAUCAAAAAUAACAUCCAAACAUUGGAAAAGGAAUUCGAUUUCUGGAUGAACAACCACACUAAAACCGUUAGAGUCAAUAACAUGAAUUACACUCUGGCCUUGUAUGGCGACAAAUCUUCAGGACCUAGACCCGAAUCUUAUUCAGAAGAUGUGAAUACAGCAAGCGCGUUCCAAGAUAACAAUGAAAAGCAAGAGUUUUACUCCGAAUUGAAAGCCGGAGCUGAAUCUGGAUGGGACUUUUCAAGCAGAUGGUUCGUCUCCAAUGCCACUAAUAAAGGGAAUCUAGCGGACGUCAAAACAAGAUCAAUCGUGCCAGUAGAUUUAAAUGCCAUAAUUUACUGGAACGCCCAGCUACUCUCAGAAUUUCACGAAUUGCUCGGCAACCAGGAGAAGGCCGCCAUCUACAGCGCCAAAGCGGACGAGUGGCUGCGCGCCGUCGAAGCCGUGCUGUGGCACGAGGACAUCGGCGCUUGGCUGGACUACGACAUCAUCAACCAGUCGAAGAGGAACUACUUCUACCCCACGAACAUAUCCCCCUUGUGGACGGGAUGUUUCAACAAAACCAACAAGGAUCGAACGGUCAGAAGCGUCCUCAAGUACCUCCAAAACAACAACAUCAUGCACCCCGGCGGCAUUCCGACCAGCAUCGAAAAAACCGGCGAGCAAUGGGACUUCCCCAACGCCUGGCCGCCGCUCCAGCACAUGAUGAUCGUCGGGUUGCACAACACCGGCGACGAGUACGCCAAGAGGUUGGCCUACGAAAUCGCCGAGCGAUGGGUCAGGACUAAUUACAUCGCCUUUAACGAGACCGGCGUUAUGUUCGAAAAGUACGAUGCUACGGUGCCCGGUGGUUAUGGCGGUGGAGGCGAGUACGAUGUCCAAAUAGGCUUCGGAUGGACGAACGGUGUUAUCAUGGACCUUUUGUACCGCUAUGCGGAUAAGCUGGCUGUAGAAGAUCCCCAUCCUGUGGUUGAAAACGUGGCGUCGAGCCUGUUCAGUUCUCCGUCUUCUGGUAUUAGCUCCAUAACGACUGCAUUGAUAGCAUUGUUAGUGUCAGUAACGGCAGGAUUCACAGGGGUUUUGCUUUACAAAAGACGAAAUCAGAAACAAACGCAACAGGUCGAUGGUAAAAAGAAGCCUUUCACAGCGAGGUACACGGAACUGAAAAAUAUACCUAAGUAUAAUAAGACUGUGAGGUAA